GAACUAGGAUUAAAAAAGAGCUCUCAAUAAUGUUCGGUCGAGACUUCUCUCUGGCGAUUGAGCUACUGUAGCUCGUCACCAUUGCCGUUCAUUUUCGUCGUUCUUCCGGUGGUUUCGUCCUCUUCCAAGGCCAGAUUCGUGUUCUCCUCUCCAAGGCCACUCUCCUCAUUGGUGGCUUCUUCCAAUUUCGUUGUGGUUGGAAGUCAACGCUGCUAGGACUUCUUCAUCUCUGUUCAGAUUCUUCCAAGGUAAGUAUGGCUUCCUUCUCUUGAUGUUCAUACGUAGCUAUGGGGAAGAAGACUAGGAGCAAGGAACCUACACCUCCGAAGAAGAAGAAGCUUCCGGAGUUGAAGGUGGAUGAUGAGGCCACUAUGGAUACUCUUGAGAACUCGGAUAGUAUGUCUAGCGAUGAUAAUCAGUCUGUGAAUGACAUUAUUGAAGCUGAGAAUGUUGCUGUUGAGGAUGGGAAUGGUACCUCCUCUGGUUCUGAUAUGGCCUCUGUGGAUGAAGAGGGAGUUGAGAAAGAAUUGGAAAAAAAUAAGAACACCCCCAAGGUGUUUGAGAAAAGGCCUGAGCCAGUCCAGAAGAAAACCUAUGCUGAACUUCUGAAAAACAAUAGGAAAGCUACCCAAGGGAUGCAAUUAUUCAAGGUUGAGCUUAACAGCACUGAAGAGGUGUUUAUCCCUGAUGAAGCAAUCCUUCCAACUGAACAGUUAUGGGGCUACUGCCUUGUGGGAUGUUUCUCUGGAACAUUCCCAAGACUUAAGGCCAUCCAAAAAAUGGUGGAUCAAUGGAGUAUUCCCUGUGAGAUUUUGCCACAUAGAAAAGGAUGGAUUGUCCUCAACUUCUGGAGGAAAGAGCAUAGACAAACAGUUCUUACUAUGAAAGCUGAAGAACUCUCCAUUGGUAACAAGAAAUUGUUACUAAAAAUUUCUGAGAAAGAUUUCAUGUGGAACUGCAAGUCCUUUGCAACCAUGCCUGUCUGGGUUAAACUCUUAGAUGUCCCUAUGGGUUUUUGUUCUCCACUGGGGCUCUCACACAUUGCCUCUUUUCUUGGGACACCUCUAUACUCUGAUGGAGUUACCCACACUGCUGCAUCUGUGUAUGACACCUCAAUGGAACCUAAUCCUGAUGGGGACUACAGGAGGGUUAACUUCUGCAGGGUUAUGAUAGACAUGGAUCUUAUGGUUAAGCCUCCUGUGAGUGUCAAGGUUACUUACAAUGGUGGGGAAUACAUUCAAAAAAUUGAGUAUGAGGAUAUGCCCUGCUACUGCUACCACUGUGAGGCUUUUGGACACAACCCCUUUAAUUGUAAAGCCCUCCAUGAAAUCCAUAAAAGGAAAUUCAUGGAGAAACAGAGACUGGAGGAGAUUGCUACACUUGAAGCUCUGAAACUGGCCAGGCAAGCUGAAGCCAGAGCUAAAGAAAACAAAAAACCCCCUCACACAAGCAAGACUCCCCACCCUAAGGAAGCUUUCAAGGAGCCUGCCCCUACUGUCCCUAAUGCUAAGGACAAGGUGGUAGCUCAUGAGGACAAUGGAAAGAAACAUUUGGAUGAAGAAGUUCCUGUAGACAUAGUUAGUGUUGAUGAUCUUACACCCUCUUUUGCUGUUAAGGAUCCUAAUGAUGGGGACACGCUUAUGGGAACAGGGUCUGGUAAACUUACCUCUGUCCCUAUCAAAGAAACCCUUCUCAAGGAACCACCACACAAAGAGGGAAAGGACAAGGCCACUGCCCAGCAUAGAAGCAGUGGAAGAACUGGAGGAAACCAAUACCAUGGCAACAACAGAGGGGGGGGGGGCAUUGCCUUGGAGCGACCUCCAUCACCACCCGCAGUGACCUACGAGGUGGCGACCGGGGGUCGCUCGACGAGGCUCUGCAUCCCUCCCCUGCCCCAAAGCCUAGGGGACGUACAGCUGGAGACUCUUAUCACUCUGCCUGCAGAAGACCAGGCUCGUAUCUCGGCAGGCUCCGAGGACGACCUUGACAACAUGGUCCUUUUGAGGCUCAGUCAGGCUACGCUGGGGAUGAUUGAGGUGGUCAGCCGAAAACGGGGUCGCCAGGCCGCCGCGGACGAGGCGAUGAAAGCAGCCGAGGCCAAGCAGAAGGAGCUGCAGGAGGAGGUCGCUCGACUCACCAGAGAGUUGGAGGAGAAAGAAAAUCGAUGCGCGGCGCUUGCUGUGGAGAAGGCUUCCCAGGAGAACCGCUGCGUCGCCCUUGAGGCAGACAAGGCCUCCUUGUCCUUGGAGGUAGAAUCUGUUUCUGCUCGAGUGGUCGAGCUGGAAGGGGAGAAAUAUGACCUGAUCCAACAGUUGGAGGUGGAGAGGAGCGAUCGGGUCUGCCAUGCAGAGGGAGUGGUAGAAUCCUUCAAGUCCUCUCCUGACUUCACGGUAGUCGCGAUGGAGCGGAUGGAAGAGCAAACGGCCGCUUGGCUCAAAACUGAACCUGGGGCUCAGUGGAUGGUCAAGGAGGGAACCAAGUCCUUCAAUUGCGGACUCUUCCAUGCCCAACAGGUCUUCCACGACCGGCUGGCCCAGCUCCCUAAAGGAUUCUCUCUCCCCGACCUUGGCUUCCCUCCUCCCUGCCACUCCUUGGCCGAGUUCAACCCCAGUCCCUAUCUGGACGGGGGGAGCUCGAGUGCGUCGGAAGAAGAGGAAGAAGAAGAAGUGGAAGGUGGUCAGAGCGACCAGAAUCCAGGGGCCAGCUUAGCCAUGUCCAAAGCGGGUGGACCUUCCGGCUCGGCCGUCUAAAUCCCCCAUUGUUCCCCCAUAGCUUUACCAACACUCGCCUCUCUCUUUUCCAUCGGAAUGAUUUGUCGUUUUGAUACAAUGCUCCUA